GGUGGCACUUUCUACGCCUUCCUCAAUGCUGAGCAGCUGGGCCUCGAUGUGUGCUCCUCAAAGACCAGAGACCUUGUCAAUGCGGCGAGCACGGUGACAGAAGCGGUGAAGGAGCAGUUCAAGCUUCAUCACCCUGAAAGCGAAGACCUGGCUUUCCUCUACGGCACCAUACUGACAGAUGGGAAGGAUGCCUUUAGUGAGGAGCCCACCACCAACAUCUGUGUGUUUGCAGAUGAACAGGUCGACCGCAGUCCGACAGGCUCGGGCGUGACGGCUCGCGUCGCCUUGCAGUACCACAAGGGACUCAUCCAGCUCCAUCAGACCAGAACCUUCCGGAGCAGCACCACAGGGUCCUUGUUCACCGGGAAGGCAGUGAAGGAAGCCAAGUUUGGGGACUACAAUGCUGUCAUCGUGGAAGUCUCAGGAGAAGCCUUUUACACCGGUACGGCCACUUUCACUGUGGAAGAGGAGGACCCACUGAAACAUGGUUUCUCCUUCAAGUGA